AAAUAAAAUAAAUUAAAAAAUCCCAUACCCCACAAAAAAAAAAUUGUACAAAAUUCAUCUACCUUACCAAACUCUUCCACCCCUUCCCUUACUUUUUAUAAAUAACCCAAAACUCUCAAUACAUCUUUCCUCAUCACCCCACAUUAUACUCUUCUCCCUUCAAUAAUCUCCAAACUCCAUAAUUUCAUCUUACUUUGUUUUCAAGAAAACAUAUACAUACAUUAUGACAAAAGCAGGAAAACUUGGAAAACUACUAAAAAAAAUGCAAUCCAUAGGAAGAACAUCAUUUAACCGCGAAAAUAAUGAUCAUCAUCAUUCAAGUCUAAGCAGAAGAAGCUCAUCUUCAUCAUCAAAUGAUCAAAAUUCGUUGUCUUCACCGGAAUCUUUCUCAACUAAUACUAAUCUUUGCCCGGUUUACGUCGGAAAAUCUCGCCGGAGAUACAUGGUAAGCUCGGAAGUCCUAGACCAUCCGCUUUUUCGAGAGCUCGUAGAGAGGUCAUGUGGUGGUGGAUAUGGUGGCGUUGAGGAGAUUUGUGUCGGGUGUGAGGUGGUGUUGUUUGAGCAUUUGCUUUGGAUGCUUAAUAAUGCUGACCCUCAACCUGAGUCUUUGGAUGAACUUGUGGACUUUUAUGCAUGCUAAUAUUAUUUAGUUGAUGGAAGUUUUAUUAAUAAUUGUGAAUUUUUGUUAUUUUAUUUUUUGAGGUAAAUUGUGUUUACUCUCUUUUUUUCUUUCAAAAUUUUUAGAGCCUGUAAAUUUUUCUCAUCUAUGAGUACAAUUGCUAUAUAUAAUAUAUGUACUUCUUUUAAAGUUGGGGAGUAUGUAUAUAUAUAUGUGUUUAAGAAAAUGUGAAAAACAUGGGUGAAUGAUGAAAUUACAGGAUGAGUACUUAUUUCAUUAAAUUGAUAUCAAUUUUUAUUUGCACUUGCUUAAUAAGGAUUUCUUGUGUCCUUGGCAUUGUAAUUGUUGUUACAUUUGUAUGGUAUAAGACAUAAAUUUUAGUUUAA